CGAACAUUGAGACAAUGGACUCAUUGACCCAGAUGGUGAAUAUGUCCUCAGCAUCCAAUGAAGCAGUGAGGUAUCCGGCAUGGAACUGGCGGGAUUGGGAAGAGUUUUUGUCCCGACUGUUUUGUCCUGUACCAGCGAUAAGACAAUAUCAGUACUUCCGCAUGACGACGGAAGAGCCAGGUGUGGUCACAAUGCGCACGAGAGUCGGAUGUCCAGAGGUCAAGGUUACAGUGGCUAUGGAUGGCGUCCAUAUUCCAUACCAACGACCGCAGAUUGUAGAGGCCAAAAGACUCAGCCGAAACAGACAGGAGUACUUGUACAAAGUUGUCAGGCCAUAUCUCAGCGAUGCUAACAAGGAUGCUACUUGCCCUUGCCCAGAAACAUAACUAUAGUUAUGUCAUCGCAUCUACGGCGAAAGAUUACACACAUUAUACUGUCAAAAUUUACAGGCGAAUGACAAAUAACUUCAAACUUAUUCUUCACUUCUUUUUGAAUAUCCUUCAAUGUCUGUUUGAAUACAUUGGUUUAUUUAUAACACAUUUAAAUAACACUUUUUCAUAUCAAAUGAAAUAUUUGUAUUCACUUCUGUUCGUUUCUAUAGAAUUCAAGGCAAACGAAGAAUUCUGCAUACAAUAUAAGCUGUACGAUAAAUAAAUUGUGAACAUGCUAAGAAUAAUUAUAAAAAUUAUUAAAGAUUACUCGACUCUUAAUUGUUAGGAAAAGCACUUUUGGGAAAUAAAAAUCUAACAUUUCAACACAAUGAAAUUAUUUUUAUUAUUAUUAUUAUUAUUGGAUAUUGUUGGUUUAUGUAUUAAUGGUGUAAUUGAUAAUGUUUGUUUUGAUGUGUGCAUUCCUAUGAAAAACUAAAUGAUAUGUUGUGAAAAUAUGUGAGAUUGGUUUAGAAAAAAAUGAUUUAAACUGUAUGGUUUGCUGGUCGAUGUAAAUAUAAGUGGACUUUGUUGCUAAGCAACGUAUGCUAGAUUACAGAUUAAUGUUAAUCACAACUAUUUUUAAAACAAAUAGAUACCUGAUAAUAUAUUUUUAACAAAAUAAAUGUGUUCUUAAAUGUUA